UUUUUAAAAAAACAUAAUCUCUCUCUCUCUCUCUCUCAAGGACACACUCCCUCUUUUCUCUUCGAUCACAUGUCUUUAUCUCUGUAUUGUACAGUUUUCGUGUUCUAAUAGUCUAAGCUCUGCUUGUUUUAACAUUUCUUUAUUAUGUUUAUUUUGCUUUUUAAUCUUAUUUCAACAGUUUAAAGCUGCAACGAAAUCGCUAUAUACAGAAAGAGUGUGCGCAGGAUAAGAGCUUACACACUUUUUCUACUUUCUAGCAAAUACACGUUUAUUGAGAUGGACAGAGGGAGGAAAAUUUUUUAAGUGGAGUUUCAGAUAAAGGAAGCUCCUUUUUUUUUUUUCUUUUUUCUUUUUUCUGGGUGAUCGAAAGAGUAGAAGGAAAGAGAUCAUCGCAGUAGUGAUGAUGAUACAUGGAGGGGGUUCAUUGAAAGGUCGGUUUCUUUAGGGAGAUAAAAACAAGCACUUGAUAAUAACCAUUAACUCGGACAUAUACAGAAAGAGAGAGGUUUUGUUCCUUGAUUUUGGACUCCCGGAAGGGGGAAGGCUUCUCUUUUGUGUACAGUUGGAUUGGUCUUUUUGGUGACCCUGGGAUUCCCUCUCAUGACAUGGCUUGAUCAAUUAUCCUUUGCCCUUUUAUUUCUUUGAAUAGAUUUCGGAUUGGCGGAGGGUUUUUGGGGUUAUACAUGUGAAGAUGGGGUUUUCUACUGAGUUCUUCUGCUUGGAGUAGAGAACACUGAAAGAGAAGCAGAUGAUGAUGGGUUCUGUUGAAGAGAAAAUCAAAGCAGGAGGUUUGGUCAAUGGAGCACAAACCAAUUUACUCGAGGAAAUGAAGUUGUUAAAAGAAAUUCAAGACCAUUCAGGGACUCGUAAGACGAUAAAUUCGGAGUUGUGGUACGCAUGUGCUGGUCCGCUUGUUUCCUUGCCUCAAGUUGGAAGUCUUGUGUAUUAUUUCCCUCAAGGGCACAGUGAACAGAAAGACUUGCUUUGGAGCUGAUUCUACAAAUACAUGAUAAGUGGCAGUCUCCACUAAAAGAUCGGCAACUUCACAAAUUCCUAACUACCCAAAUCUCCCUUCUCAGCUAUUGUGCCAAGUUCACAAUGUUACUCUACAUGCGGAUAAAGACACGGAUGAAAUUUAUGCCCAAAUGAGUCUUCAACCAGUGAACUCUGAAAAAGAUGUCUUCCCAAUUCCAGAUUUUGGACUAAAACCAAGCAAGCAUCCAAGUGAAUUUUUUUGCAAAACCUUGACAGCGAGUGAUACAAGCACACAUGGUGGAUUCUCGGUGCCUCGAAGAGCUGCAGAAAAGCUCUUUCCUCCAUUGGAUUACACAAUGCAACCACCAACUCAAGAACUUGUUGUUAGAGACUUACAUGAUAAUAUUUGGACAUUUCGCCAUAUAUAUCGCGGGCAGCCGAAGCGGCACCUUCUUACAACUGGGUGGAGUUUAUUUGUUGGUUCAAAAAGGCUUAAAGCAGGUGAUUCUGUUCUGUUUAUCAGGGAUGAGAAAUCACAGUUAUUGGUGGGUGUAAGGCGUGCAAAUCGUCAACAAACAACAUUGCCAUCAUCUGUCCUAUCUGCUGAUAGCAUGCAUAUUGGUGUCCUUGCUGCUGCAGCUCAUGCUGCUGCCAAUCGGAGUCCAUUCACCAUUUUUUACAACCCAAGGGCAUGCCCCUCAGAGUUUGUCAUUCCUUUAACCAAGUAUAGAAAAGCUAUAUAUGGAACUCAAGUUUCAGUUGGAAUGAGGUUUGGAAUGAUGUUUGAGACAGAGGAAUCAGGCAAACGCAGAUAUAUGGGCACAAUAGUUGGUAUUAGUGACUUAGAUCCGCUGAGGUGGCCUGGCUCCAAGUGGCGAAAUCUUCAGGUCGAGUGGGAUGAGUCAGGGUGUUCCGAUAAGCAGAAUAGGGUCAGUUCAUGGGAAAUUGAGACUCCUGAAAGCCUCUUCAUUUUUCCUUCUCUGACUUCAGGUCUCAAACGACCCUUGCAUUCAGGGAUGUUAGGAGGAGAAACUGAAUGGAGUAACUUGAUAAAAAGACCCCUCAUCUGGCUUCCUGAACAUGGAAAUGGGAAUUUUCCAUAUUCUUCAAUUCCAAACCUGUAUUCUGAGAGACUUUACAAGAUGCUAAUGAAACCUCAGGUUAACUAUCCUGGAAUCUGUGAGUCUGCCCUCCAAGAACUCUGUGCUGCUAAAGCAACUCCUGUUGAUGAUGUGAAGACCAUGCAGGGACCAAUCAAUCAGCUUAACCAGUCAGUAGGUAUGUCAGUAGAAAACCAAAAUUAUUCUCAAUUCUGUGCCAACCAAUCUGACGUAAUUAACCCAUCUGCUUCAAAAAUAAACACACCUGGGAAUUUACAUCCUCCUUGCACUGUUGAAAAUCAAACACCAGAUGGAAUUAAUGUAGAAAAGUUGAAAUCGGAACCUGAGCAUUCGGCAGAUCAGAUAAGCCAGGUAACCUCGACAGGAGAAUGCAAUGAGGAAAAAACUUCCUCAAGUCCUACAAAUCUGCAUAACUGCAGCAACCAGCUGGAGUUUCAAAAUCAGAACCAGGCUCACUUGCAUGCUCAAACCAAUGUCUGGCCAAUGCAGCAACUGUUAGAGCCUUCCACUCUGCACUCUCAGCAAAUUAAUAUACCCCAAGCUGAUUCUAAUGUUCUCAAUGGAUCACUUCCUUUCUUAGACACUGAUGAGUGGAUAUCAAAUCCGUCUUCUUGCAUACCUCUCCCUGGGAUAUAUGGAUCAUCAGGGCCUCUGUCAAUGUUUGGAUUGCAAGAACAAUCAUCCAUACUCCCUGAAGCAAUUAAUCCUUCUUUACCUUUAAUGAAUCAGGAUUUGUGGGAUCAACAGCUAAACAAUUUAAGAUUUUUAUCCCCACCAAGCCAACUCGUUCCUUUAGCUCAGCAAGACCUCUGUAGCCUUAACUCAAGUGGUGCAAAAGAUUUGUCAGAUGAGAGCAAUGAUCAAAGUGGGAUAUAUGGCUCUCUUAGUGUUGAUGUUGGGAAUGGGGGAAGUGCCGUAAUUGAUCCUUCUGUCUCUAAUACUCUUUUGGAUGAGUUGUGCACGUCGAAGGAUGCUGAUUUCCAAAACCCUUCAGAUUGUUUGGUCGGUAACUUGAGCUCAAGCCAGGAUGUUCAGUCACAGAUUACUUCAGCAAGCUUAGCAGAUUCCCAAGCUUUCUCACAGCAAGACUUUCCAGACAGCUCAGGUGGUACAUCUUCAAGCAAUGUGGAUAUUGACAAGGGCAAUUAUAUGCAGAAUAACUCAUGGCAGCAAGUUGCUCCACGGGUGCGGACAUACACAAAGGUUCAAAAGGCUGGCUCAGUGGGGAGGUCGAUCGAUGUCUCAAGUUUUAGAAACUACGAAGAACUAUGUUCUGCAAUCGAAUGCAUGUUUGGACUUGAAGGGUUGCUUAAUAAUCCAAGGGAGUCAGGUUGGAAGCUGGUGUAUGUGGACUAUGAGAAUGAUGUUCUAUUGAUUGGAGAUGAUCCAUGGGAGGAGUUUGUUGGUUGUGUCCGCUGCAUAAGGAUCCUGUCACCUUCUGAAGUUCAGCAGAUGAGUGAGGAGGGAAUGAAGCUCCUUAACAAUGCCAAUAUCAACGGCCUGAAUACCUCCGUAACAGAAGGCAGCCAUGCUUGAGGCUGAACAAUAGCUGCCAAAAGUAACAUAUAUUUACAUGGUGGAGCUGGGGCUAUCGUCUUUGAAAUUUCUCGUCUUCAUGAUAACACGGUGAUGGAUGGCGAGUUAUAUGGGCAUUUGUUAGAAAUUAGAAUGGGUUUAGAUAUAUAAAUAUGUGGUGGCAUUUGUUCAUGUCAAACUAAUGUAUGAGAUACUUUAUUAUAGAUCCUUUCAUGCAAGCCCUAUGUUCUGUAUUUAACGCGAACCCGAAAUAGUCGAUGCUAAUCGUGCUUCUUCAAUCCCGAGUAUUAAGGACUAACUAGUAAAUAAACAAGUUUGAUGGAAA